AUGGCGACAGCAGAUCAGGGCGUGCCAGGCGGGUAUCGUCAGUUCGAGCUUGAGCUCUACCGGCAUCCAGAGCGCUACGGGUCCAAGACGGCCGGAUUCACAGCCAAGCAUGACUUAUACUCCGUGGGAGUCGUGCUUCUUGAGAUUGCGCUGUGGACGACCACGUCCAGACAGUUCGCUGGGCCUAUAUCCAAGGCAAAAGCCAAACAGGCACUGCCGCCUGUGGGUAUAGUUAGCGAGGCAGUCGCCAAGCUUAGCCAGGAUGUGCGCGUGGCUCAGGAAAUGGGGACCGAGUAUGCGCGGUUGAUUAAGAGAUGCUUGCAGACGGACUUUCAGGUGGAGCAACAUGAUGAGCAGGAAAGUGGGCUGUUGGGGCAGUUCCAGGAUUUAGUUAUUGAUCGUUUGAAUACGGGUGUUGCUUUAUAA